AAAAUGCAACUCAAAACCCCUAAUGAGUCCGUUCAAAGGGUGAACAUUCUGGCUUAAAACCUCAAAAACCCGCGUGCCUUUGGGGACUCUACGGACAGGAAUCUGAACGGUAAAAUUUGCAUUAUCUGUAGAUUAUACAACAAUGGUGGUUUCGAAUUCUUUAAUGACCCAAAAAUCCCCUCGUUUGCUGCGUAGUCUUUUGUUUCGUUUCUCAUCUUUCUCUCGCACGCCCAGUUGCCACUUCAAUUGCCAGAACAGGAUUAAUCCAAUUUACAUAACUAGGAGAUUUGCAAUCUGUCACCGCAGUUUUAAUCUCCCUUCUACACAUGGUUUUAAGGUCUCGGGCGAUUCUGAAUUGGGGCUUAGAUUUUCGGGUCAUCGGUCUUUUCGGGUUUCCAGUGGCGGUGGUUCCGGUGGUGGAGCAGGCAGUUUUGGAGGCCCCGGUGGUGGAAAUUCCGGUGGAAGAGGUGGCGAUGGUGAUGGGAGUGGUUGGCCACUGCUUUCUUGGUAUCUGUCUCUUCUUGUCAAGUAUCCCGUGAUGACAAAAGCUGUUACAUCAGCACUUUUGACAUUAGCUGGUGAUCUGAUCUGUCAGCUUGUGAUCGAUCAAGUGCCAUCUCUAGACUUGAAGAGGACAUCUAUUUUCACACUGUUGGGGCUGGUUUUGGUGGGCCCAACAUUGCAUUUCUGGUAUCUGUAUUUAAGUAAAUUGAUCACAAAACCUGGAGCAUCUGGUGCUUUGUUGCGGCUUUUACUUGAUCAGUUUCUUUUCGCUCCCACUUUUAUUGGAAUUUUCUUAUCUACACUGGUGACAUUGGAGGGAAGGCCUUCACAUGUGAUUCCAAAGCUAAAACAGGAGUGGUUCCCCUCUGUUCUUGCAAAUUGGCAGUUGUGGAUACCCUUCCAAUUUCUCAACUUCCGAUUUGUGCCGCAACAAUUUCAGGUCCUUGCUGCUAACUUUGUUUCCUUAAUAUGGAAUGUAAUUCUUUCAUAUAAAGCUCACAAAGAAGUCCUUGCCAAAUAGGUAAUCUUCCUCAGUUACAUCAUAGUUUCAGCCAUAGGUACCAUGAAGACUUGGAGAAAGAAACUGCAUUGGUAUGUAAUGUGCUGGAUUUUGUUUUGCAAAAUGUAUUUAGGGAAGAUGAUGUCAUUUGCAGUAAAAUUUUCAUGAAAUGUAAUGUAUUAUUGCUCUGAAUUCAGUAAAUUAUUAUUGCUCUAAAGAUU